AUGGGGGAAACUCUCGAGGAGAGAGUCGAGAGCCAACCCGAUGAUGUGAGUAUUGAUGGGGUGAAGUUGGUUACACCCACAGUAGAGCUCGCCUGCGUGCAGGUGGAGGAGCAGUUGCAAGGAGAGCAGGAAGAUGACUUGGAGAAAGUCCGUAGUGAGCUCGAAGAGCUACGGGCUGUGCCGGAGGGCUCCUCUGAGUGGGUGGAGGCGAAAGCCCGCUUGGACGCAGCAGUGCAGGCUGCUGUCACCGCAGGCUGUGCGCAAGCAGAGCUCCUGGAAGCACGCGCAAGAGAAGCCGAGGCGGAGGCGGCGGCAGCGGGUGAAGAGCUCACCGGGGCCGCUGCGCGCAAGGCCCGGAAGCGGAGGCUCGAGGCGGAGAAGCUGAGGGCCGAGGCGACGUCGGAGAGGCAACGCAUGGCCCGCUUUGGCCAAGCGGUCCGCAGAGCGCAGAGCAAGGCCGAUGAGAUCCCGAGCAUUACCGUGGAGCUGGAAGAUGAUGCAGAGGACGUCAAGGAGACAGUGAUUCCUAAAGACACGAAGACGAAGACUGACACGCAGGUCAAGAAGGACAAGAGAGCGAAGAAGUCUUCGUCCGGCAAAGGGAAGCGGCGGAAGAAGGAGGAGGUGCGGAGGAAGGCCGAGGAGGCAGCACGGCGGUGGCAAGAGCGAGACGACCAGUUGGAAGCCAGCAUCCGUGUCGUGGAGCAAAGAGGAGCGAAAGCUGCUGCGGAGAGGGAAGCGCAGCGGCGAGCAGAGAAGGAACGGCAGCUCAGGGCUGCGGAGCGGCGGCGAGAAGCGGAGGCUCGCCGAUCACGAUCCCGCGUUCGACGACGCCGCAGGAGAUCUUCGUCCUGA